CUUCUCUCUUGGAUGUCAUCGACGGUCAUGUGGUGUUAGUAUUGUUGAAAAGCCCUACCCGGUCGAUGUCCGGUUGUCGCGUUAUUUCAUCGAGAAUUUCUUGCAGGAGUUUCAAGAGAAAGGGGCAAGAUAAAUGCAAGGAAGACCGAAGAGAGACGAGAGUGAAUAAUUGUAAGCUACUAGUGAAACAUGAGCGAUCAGGAUCCAACGAGUAUUAUUAAUAUGAUAAAGGACCUACGUUCCGGAGCCGAGUCCUACCGCAGAAGCGUCGGGGUGCCAGUGCGCUUCUCGGGGACCGGUUACCUGUCUUCGAAGUUUAACGAGAGCUCGGACGACGACGUUACUUCACCCAAACAGCUACGACUGGAUGAAUCCGACUCGUCCGUAAAUAAUCAGACUCAAUCCGACUCUGUCCCGGGCAGUCCUUGGGAAUGGCGACGCAUGAAAGGGGAGGUUAUAUCGUUGAAGACCAGGCUGACGCAUCAAGAGGCAGCUGUGCAACAGCUGCACAAUAUACGUAGGCAGAUGGAAGAAGUGUUCGAGAAGGAGAAGGGUCUCUUGCAGGUCCAGGCAGAGAAGGAUAAGCAGACCAUUCAACAGCUGGAGGUCCGACUCGACGUUGCACGCCGGACAAUUCAGGACGCGAGGGAGUCGCACGAUACCGCGGAGAAGGAAUGGUCCCAGACGAGAAACAAUUUGGAGAGAAAGAUAGCGUCGUUAUUGAACGAAAAUGCAGAAUUAGCCGAGAACCUGAGAAGCGCCUCCGCAAACGAGAAGUCUCCUCCUCCCAGCGAUAUCGGUGAAUCGAGCGAAUUGCAAAUGAAACUGGAGACUGCGGAAGCCAGGGUGGCAGCGCUGGAGGAGAGGACGAAGGAAUAUCACAAGGUGCAGCAGGACUACGAAUUGCAGAAUGUGGAGCUGCAGAGUAUGCAAAUGAAGUUGGAGAAACUCGAGUCGGAGAGGGCACUGUGGGAAGAGGGUAAGCGAUUGGUGGGAAGAGCCGCGAGAGCGAACGACCUCGAGAAAGAGUUGAAUGUGGCGAAGAAGACGAUUGCGGCGCUGAAAGAGUCAGUCAGGGGGAAGUUACUGUUGGAAGAAAAAGUGGACAAUAUGACCAAAAGGCUGGAGCACACCGAAGAAGUAGAGCAACGAGUGGCGGUGUUGGAGGUGAAGCGAUCUGAGCUUGCACUUCGUUUGCAGGAGUACGAAACGAUUGGCAUCACUGGCGGGCCAACGGCAGUGAAACGAGAGCUGAACAGACUUCAGCAAGCUGAGGUGGACCUGAGAGCGGAGGAGGGCCAGCUCAGGUCGAGAUUGGACGCGGUUCUGCGAGAAUCGCAGAAUCUAUCCAAGGGUUGCGAGGACGCGAGGAAGCUGGCAGCCGAUAUGGCGUUAUCGAAAGAAAAACUGAGCAAGCUCGUCAACAGGCUACAGAAGAAGAUGAUCCUCGUGACUAGAGAGAGGGACAGUUACAGGCAGCAGUUGGAUUUGUACGAGAAGGAGAUGACGGUGGACAGCAACAAUGCGAUGACUGAGAGGAUACCAGCUUUGGAGCGCGUUAUAGACGGAUAUAGGGACUUGGUCAGCAAAUUGGAAGCGGAUCUUCAAACGGCUGAGUCUGGCGUUCAGAAGAACGAAUGCAAUAAAUUGAGGGCGGAGAUCGAGCAGUUGAGAGGCGAACUUGAACAUCGCGCGUUGAAGGGCGACUUCAACUGCAACGCCCGAGUUUUGCACUUCACGAUGAAUCCCACAGCGAUGGCGGAGAAGCAAGCUGAGGAGAAACAAGCGGCUCUGUUACGAGAAGUGGAGGAGCUUCGUGCCAUGGUGGCGUCGGGGAAUUAUGGAGCGACCGUUUCGUCAUUGCAGACGCAAGAAAUCGUGGAGCUGAAGCAAACGCACGAAAUAAAAAUAGCGCGUUUGAAGGAAGCUUUUAAGGCGUCCUCGCAAGAGUACCGUCAAGCGUGCUAUCAGCUGUUCGGUUGGAGGGUGGACCGAACGAAAGAGGGCUGUUACAAGCUGUCGAGUCAAUACGCAGAGUCACCGGACGAUUUCCUAUUUUUCCACGUAGGUGAAGAGGGUGUAGAAAUGUUGGAAACCGCCUUUUCUGCGAAUCUGGAUAGCUUGAUCGAGCAAUACUUGCAAAGGCAGCACAGUGUCCCCAUGUUUCUCAAUGCUGUACAAUCUGAUCUCUUCAGCCAGCAAACAGUGCCAAAUGUUAUGACAUAAUAUUAUCUCAUGAACAAAACUAAUAUUCUUAUUUAUAAGAUUCAGUGGAUUUCAAUGUACAAUGAAGAUAAUAAAUAUAUUAUAGGUAAA